AUGGAGCCCAUCCGCAACAUUCUCCGCCAGAAGAAGGCCACCGUCAAGUUUUUCGAAGCCGAGGCUACCAAGAUCGACUACGAGAAGCGUGUUGUCCACAUCAGUGAUGACUCUGAAAUCAAGGGUGACAUUUCUCACACUGAGGUUCCCUUCGAUAUGCUGGUCAUCGGUGUUGGUGCCGAGAACGCUACUUUUGGUAUCCCUGGUGUUCGUGAGAACUCGUGCUUCCUGAAGGAGGUCAACGAUGCUCAGAACAUCCGUAAGCGCGUCAUGGAUUGUGUCGAAACUGCUAUGUUCAAGGAUCAAACCGAUGACGAGGUCAAGCGCCUGCUGCACAUGGUCGUCGUCGGCGGUGGCCCCACUGGUGUCGAGUUCGCCGGUGAGCUCCAGGACUUCUUCAACGAUGAUCUGAAGAAGUGGAUUCCCGAGAUUCAGCACAACUUCCACGUUACCCUGGUCGAGGCCCUGCCCAACGUUCUGCCCAUGUUCUCCAAGCAACUGAUUGACUACACCGAAUCGACCUUCAAGGAGGAAGAGAUUACCAUCCGCACUAAGACUAUGGUUAAGAAUGUCACCGACAAGUACAUUGAGGCCCAGGUUACCAACCCCGAUGGAUCCAAGUCUAUCGAGAAAAUCCCCUACGGUCUCCUGGUCUGGGCUACUGGUAACGCUGUUCGCCCUGUUGUCCGCGAUUUGAUGGGCCAGAUCCCCGCCCAGAAGGACUCCCGCCGCGGUCUUGCUGUCAACGAGUACCUUGUCGUGAACGGUGCUGAGAACGUCUGGGCCGUUGGCGACUGUGCCAUUACCAACUAUGCUCCUACUGCUCAGGUCGCUGGUCAGGAGGGUGCUUUCCUGGCCCGCCUCUUCAACACCAUGGCUAAGACUGAUACCAUCGAGAAGGAGCUCCAGCACCUGUCCGACACCCAGUCUCAGGCCAAGUCCAACGAUGAGCGCAACGAGAUCCUCAAUGAGAUCCGCGAGCGCCAGAAGCAGCUGCGCCGCACCAAGCAGAUGGGUCCCUUCCAGUACUCCCACCAGGGUAGCUUGGCCUACAUUGGCAAGGAGCGUGCCGUUGCCGACAUCUCCUGGCUCUCCGGAAACAUUGCUAGCGGUGGUACCCUGACCUACCUCUUCUGGCGCAGUGCCUACCUGAGCAUGUGCUUCAGCUCCCGCAACCGUGUUCUGGUCGCCGUUGACUGGAUCAAGGCCCGCCUCUUCGGCCGUGACGUCUCCCGCGAGUAA